AUGGCCGCGCUGCACUCCUACAUCACCCAGAACCUGUCUGCCCAGAGCAGCGAGGACAGCCCUCCCAGCAGGACUAAAGGCUCUCAGGUUUAUGCUGAGAGGUUGUACUCCACGCAGGUCAGUCCUUUCGAUGGAACUUUUGCCAAAGGGAAAGCGGAAGAUUUCAAAAUGAGGAAGCUGUUCCAGCCGAGGCCUGGGCCUGGCGUGCUGAGACCAACCCCUGAGAUGCUGAGUCAUAAAUCUGCUUCCCAGGAUGACCCAAAGGACCCUCUGAGCAUCGUGGAUGAGGCACUGAUUAAAAAUGUACUGAAGGACCUAGAGAAACACCAAGUGAAUGUGGAGAAUCUCAGCUCAACAGAACUGGAUGAAAUCGCUGAUACUAUCGCCACUGCAGUCCAAAGUGUUGGCAUUCAGGAAGAAACAGAAAAAAAUGCUGGAAAAGCUAAUGAAGACAAAACAGAAGCACAAAUGAAGAAAGGAGAUGCUCAAGGAAGGGUGGAGCUUCAGACUGGAUUAAUGGAAAACAGUGUUAAUAUACCAGACAAUGGAGUGCACGAAGCCAGUGUGAGAAGUGAUAAAGAGGAGAACACUGCAAAACUGAUUAGAUUUUUGAAUGAGAAUGCGUUAGCUGAAAAGAUGCAUAAAGACCUUAUUCCUGAAGAACCUACAAAGACAGAAACUAAAAAAUCUGAAGAAACUGACUCUUCUUCCUCAGAAGAAACAAAUGCUGGUGUGGAAAAUGUGAAAAGUGAGACUUUCUCAAGGGAGCUGACAACUGCAAAGAACAGCGAAUCUGACUCCAAAGACCCAAGCCAGACCAGCUACUGGAUUAAGAAUGCUUUAAUUCAGGAAGAAAACUCCUAUGAAAAACCUCAGAAAAACACAAGACAAGGCUUACAACUUGAAGUGAAAUCUUCUCAGGAGGAAGAAUAUGGCUAUAUUGUGACAGUGAAAGACCCCCUGAGUGUGGAAAAGGGCUUGGAGUUAAUAAAGGAAGUGGCAGAUCUCCUGAAGCUGCAGAUGAGUGUCUUCGAUGAUGUCAACGUGCUGGGACCAGCUGUGACCUUCCGAGUGCGCUCAAACCUCCAAAAUAUUUCAACUGCAGAUGUUGCCAAAGAAGCAGCCAUAAACAAAGAGAAGCUUGAAAAAACAACUGGACUGAAAAUUCUGCAGACUGGUGUGGGGGAGACCCUCGACUCCCCACACGGUGGGGAGGAGGGAGCGCCGGCUAGCUGGAGAGCACAAGCAGCGGCUAGCAGCGGGGGGCACUGCCUAGGCGAGCCAGGGGCGUUCAGGCAGCGCCUUCGGCAGGCUGGUGCAGCGUUCGAGGAGCAGCUUUGGGUGAAGGAAGCGAAAGGAAAAGAGGACCUUUACUCCGGGAUGCAGUCCAGAGAGGGUUUAUUGUCUCCUGGGGGAGUCCGGGGAGCAAAGUAUCAUCUGGACUUGAGAUUGCAAACCCUGUGGGGAUGGAGGAGGGGGGAGUGGUUGCAUCUCUUCGUAAGGCGAAGUCUCUCGGCUCGAGUUCAGAGCUGCUGGGAGGGAGACGUGGUUGAUCUGCGGUGCGGCGGUAGACAGAAGGCGGAGGAGUAA